AUGGCGGAAACCCUCCAUCCAUCCACAGUAGUGCACGCCAGUAAGCAAGUGGAAAGGAAGGAGACAUUGGUCCGCUCCCUCGACGAUCUUCUAGAGCGCUACCUCCAUCUUCUAAACCAGUACCAAACUCUACAGCAGUCCUUGGCUCAACAUUUUUCUAGGGGUUAUCUAUCACUUGCUCAAGCGAAUUUUUCAAAUCCAAACCGCGUCCGCUACGGCCAGGAUCAUUACGAUGAUAGAAUGCAAGCAUCAGCUCGUGUGUACGGCGUCCUUAUUGUAGUAUACUUCGGUGAACCUAAAGCUCAGGAAUCUGUCCUAGGUUCUGAUGAUGAUGAUGAUGAGGUCGACACGGCCAAGGAGUCAACCGUGAUGGACAACACUCAACUUUUUUCCGAAGACGCAGAGUCUGGGUCGAAUAUGACUCGUGAUCCUUUGAAUUGGUUUGGGAUCCUAGUUCCUCCAGCGUUAAGGACUUCGCAGAGCAAUUUCAAAGACGCAGUCGCUGAUCUCAUACCGGCAUUGGCAAGUAUUUCAAAGGAAAUGAGCGAAGUAGAGAUCGAGAUUCGAAGGGCCCGGAAAAGAAUAAGGAAAGCUGUUUAG